CUUUUAUUCCUUAUAUUUCCCCCAUUCAUUAUUCAGCACAUUUGCUCUGCCUCAUUUAAUUCUUCCCAUUCUUUCACCCCUUUACGCUUCCGAGGUUAGGUGUCUUUUAUUUUGAUUUUUACUUUGAAACGUAUUUCCGGUGAGAGUUCAACGUCCUGUAGAAGUCAGCUUUGAAGUUGAUGGAUAAAAUCUAACGAUGCGCUAAAGAAAAUAUAGACAGCGGGUAUUUCUUAAGGUGUAAUGCCUACAGAUAUUCACGAUGGAGGGUGGAACAGGAGUCUAUUAUCAAGCAAUGCCUGCGGUGGGACCCGAUGGGAAAAACGUCAUGAAGUUAAUUCCUGUCCAGAAAGUAAAUGGACGGUUUUAUCAGACGCCAUUUAGCAUAGAAAGAGACGGCAUGGAUGCAAAACCAGUUCAUCCACCUGCUGCUGCUGCUUCAUCUCAAACACAGAUGCAGCUCCCCUCUGUUCAGUCUAUAGCGGAUGGACGGUAUUUUCUAAAAACCCUGCCGCUGGUCGGAACUGGAUCUGACACUGUCACAACUCAAAACGUCGGAACUAAUGACCUCAUUUUUCACAACUCAAAGCCAGUGCAUGUUCCUCUUUCAGCCCAAUCGCUUUCCCAGUAUUCAGUCCAGUUACCUCCUAAGCCCAAUAGACAGGGCAUGGCGGCCGUCCAAACGUUGCCCGUUACAGUUAAAUCACCUGUUCUCCCAAACGGGCAUUUCCUGCAGAUCCCUCCCAAUGCAAAAGUUAGGACUCUGCCGGCCACUGCUCUCCCACAGUCCAUCAAAUGCCGCAUAAUGGACUCUGUGAGUAACACCCCUAACCUCCAGAACAGUCCACCUACAGUUGUGCUUGUUUCUCCUGUGAACUCUGUUAAGCUAAAUUCUGACCAGCAGGUGGUGUCGCUUACAAAGCCAAGUCAAAUACAGUCCCUGUUUCAAAAUGUCCCUCCAAACCUCCAAACACCUGGUUGCAUUCCCAAAACGAACGAAGAAGUGAACACUCCCUUAAAAUGGGUCGUCCAGGAGGGAACGGGUGCGUCCGCUCCUUGCCUUGUACCUGUAACGACACCGAAUGUCGACUCUGACGCCAAAAAAGCAGUCGAGCAUGUCAGCUCAGUUGAGAUGGCAAACGAAACUGUGACAAGCAAAGCCACACCUCCUCAGACCAGCCAAGAAAAGAUCACCCAAGGCAAAGACAAUGCCCUGGUCAUGUGCAAUGGGAAAGUCUACUUUGUGGCCAAGAAAAAUUCAGAGAUCGUUAAAGAUGUGAUGAUCAGUGAAGGUGGGAAAAGGGGUGUUGUCAGCACCUCUCCUGCCCUGCCUGCCAGCUCCGCUCUGGGGACAAACCCUUCUAAGCAAGACCCCAAAAGAAAAGUGAGUGAAAUUAUUGAUCUCUGUGAUGACGGUGAGGAAACGUCCACGUGUCUGGGAGGUGCCCCGGGAAAUUUGCCUACACCGAGUCAAACUGAAGUGGAUGAAAGCGACGAAGACUCUAAUGUUAUAUUUGUGUCAUACAUUCCACCCAAGCCAAAGACUCGUGCUGGUGACAAAGUGGACAAAGCUGAGGAAGUUCAGCACACGCAGACGAUCGCAAAGUCUGUCUCUCAGAAUGAUGGAGAAAAACCGGCACAUGCAGAAAUUGAAAAAGAUAGUGAUCUGGAUAAUCCAUCAACCAAAAUGAGUGACGAGAUGAAGGAUAAGCAGGUUGAGGCAAAUAAAAGAGAUGAAAGCAGCUUGAGCUGUCCUUCUGAAAAUGUGAAUGUAGAGACGGAGAAAAAACUGGAGGGUGGACCGUCUGAGACAAGAUGUCAAAAUGACGCAGCUGGCGAUCACACUGACAGGAUUUUGAAAACAGCCCAGAAAGUCUGUGUUCAAGCCACUUCUAAAACUAAAAAGGGCUAUAAAAAGCCAGACUCUGAUCAGAGGAGACAACCCAAGACUGACUGCCAGCUAAGAAAAGAUUUCGGCAUCACCUCUGAUGUAAGAAUUUGCCUGCAAAGAUCAAAGCUGACUGUGAAGCCAAAUCAACAAACGGGGAGACUUAUCAUAAACAAACGCACGUUAGACGGCCUCCGUAAGGUGAUCCAGAAGUCAAAGUUGCAGUCAAAAAUACAGCAAAUGAUGCAGGUUCCCUACACAAAAAAACCAGAGGAGAAUGAAGGCUUGAAGGCCAAAAGAAAAAAGCUGGAUGAAAGUCAAGAUCAUUUCUCUCCGAGCUCUACAAACCUUUCACCUGCCUCUAAAUGUUCAGUUGUUGUCAUUGAAAACUUUUUAGCCUGUCAAGAAGAGGUUGAAUCUACAGUCGAUAAGGUUGAUAAGCAAUCUGAAAAGCCAGCAGAUUGUACUGGUAACACUAGCUGUUUUCCCUCAUCUGAACAAAAAGCAAAACCGACGUCUAGUCAUACCAUAUCACCUUCUUCUCAAAGGAAGACCCCAGCGCGCUCCAAAAAGGGUAAGGUAUGCACAGCCUGUCCUUGUGGGACUGUUUUGGGGGCUACAGAAGCCACUUCAUCCCUCCAUUCACAAUACAGACCGAAUCUGGGUACUGCUGUCGAGUCGCACAAAGGGACAAGAAAAAGCUGCUUAAAUAAAACCCCGGAAGAGUGUCCCCAUCCUCAGAAACGCCAACAAAAAAAUCCAGAUCCUGUUAAGAAAGCAUGGAAAAAACAGUCAAGAAAUCCUCUGUUGGAAGGCUCUACUAGUCAAACCUCAAAUGACAUCUCGGUGAACGUUACAGCAAGUGCAGCAUUGGACAACCCCAGCGCGUCAUUCUCGGAAAAACCGCAAAGACCAAAAAGAGACGCAUUCCCAACACAGUCACUGUACACGUUGGAGACUCUGGAUGCGGAGGAGAUAAAACGGCGCGAGAGAAUCGAACGUUUGAAGGGUCUCCUGAAGGAGAAGGAAGCUGCGCUGGAGCGGAUGCAGAGGAGCAUGAACGUUUAGUCAUGUCUCUUCGUUUAAAAAGGCUAUGCUGCAUGCCGGAUUGAAUAUUAUUGAGAAAACCACCAAUAAAAACCACCAGGAAAAAUGUAUAAAGUUUGUACAGUGUUUAUUCUGUUAAGAGUUCAGUGUCAUAUUUUAUUGUAUUUGGCUGUUUAUGCGUUUUGUGAUGGUUGUUAUUUAUAGUUGGUUUUAGUAUAUUUAAGCAGAUGCCAUCGUAUUAUUUUUGAUAUCAUUGUUUUACGUGCCUUUUUAUAAAUACUUUUGUUUUCUGUAGUUAAAUUUAUAGUGUAACAGCCUCAUUUAAUAUUAAUACAUUUCGAUUUCAAGAAUGCUGUAAAUAGCAUCAACCUACUGGUUAAAUUAUUCUAUUUUUGUAGUUCCAUUCCUAUUAAACUUUCUUAAAAUGUUGUUUGUUACCUUGUUAAAUUACAAUUUUAUGUGUGCUAAUGCCUCAGAUAUCUUACAUUUGUUUUGUUCAGAAUUGUAAAUUCUUAACCUCUUAAUGUAUAAACCUCUGUUCAGCUUGUUCGUUCGUUCCUACUGUGUAACAAAAUAUGCUGUCAGAUUGUUAAUGGCACGAUUUGAAAAUUACUAUCAGACACUGGAUAGCCAUUAACCUUUUUUUUUUUUUUUUUUUUUUUGUAUUUAUGACAACACGUUUUGGGAUGUAGCAAACAUUCUGCUGUGUUAUAAGUAACGGCAAUAUUUCAUUAAAAGCAACCAAAAAGUUA